UGUUGUGUGGACAUUGUGGUGUCCCACUACAGUAAUGGCGGAAUAUCUAGUGCUGAAGUCUGUCAGGACCGUGAGUGUUCGUGCGUUACUGAAGCCCACGACAACAGGUUUGAACAUAAAGAGAAAAGCAUGUGAAAAUGCUCCAGCUUCUGCCCCCGCUGGAAGCAUCAGGACUGAGGCUGACCUUACUGAGAUCACUCUUUCCACCAUGCUAUACGGGAUGAUCUUUAAAGGGUACUACAAUCGCGUGCAUGAGAUGCAGCUAUACCAAAAUAAAGUUCAUGGACCUAUCUUCAAAGUAAAAACUGGCAGCUUGAAUACUGUGUGUUUAGGUAGUGUGAAACUGGUAGAGGAACUGUUGAGAAAAGAUGAGAAGUUCCCCUGUAGAGGAGACAUGACAUUGUGGACUGAAUAUCGCAAGAUAAAGGACUUAGGCUACGGCCCUUUUACAGUAGAAGAAGAAAAGUGGUACAAACUCCGAUCUGUGCUGAACAAACGUAUGCUGCAUCCAAAAGAUGCAGUGAAGUAUGAGAAGGUAAUAAAUGAAGUGGUCACUGAUUUUAUCGCACGGAUUUGUCGUUUACGCAAGCUGAGCUCCAGUGGAGACCUGAUACCCAACAUGUCCAAUGAGCUGUACCGCUUCACACUGGAAGCAAUCUCCCGUAUACUCUUUGAGACUCGUAUUGGCUGUCUUGAGGAUAAGAUUCCAGCAGAGACUCAAAACUUCAUUGACUCCAUUGGCCAGAUGUUUACCUACAGUGUUCAUGUGUCUUUGCUUCCCAAGUGGACACGCAAUUAUUUGCCAUUCUGGCAACGCUACAUAAAUGGUUGGGAUGGAAUCUUUAGAUUAGCCUGCAAGCUAAUUGACAGGAAGAUGGAGGACAUUCAGAAGCGCCUGGAUGCAGGUCAGGAAGUUGCAGGAGAGUAUCUCAGCUACUUGCUUUCCAGCACCAACAUGAACAAAAAGGAUGUUUAUGGAAGCAUUGCUGAAUUGCUCCUGGCAGGAGUGGACACAACAUCCAACACAUUGGUGUGGGCCUUGUACCUGCUUUCACGGAAUCCAAGGACGCAGGAUACACUGUAUCAGGAAGUAGCCAGCAUUGUAAAUGAGGACAGAAUUCCAACAGCUGAAGACAUAAAUAGCAUGCCUUAUCUAAAGGCUGUCAUCAAGGAGACUUUAAGAAUGUACCCAGUUGUUCCCAUAAACGGGCGACUCUUGUCAGGAAGUGAGGUGGUAAUUGGAGGAUACCUCUUCCCUAAAAAGACCUCAUUUUCGUUCAUCCAUUACGCAAUCGGUCAUGAUGAGACAGUCUUUCCUGAACCAAGGCUCUUCAAGCCUGAACGCUGGUUACGGGAUGGAAGGGAGAGGCCUAAUCCUUUCGGCUCCAUCCCAUUUGGAUUUGGAGUGAGAGGGUGUGCUGGCCGUCGAAUUGCUGAACUGGAGAUGCACCUAGCUUUGGCAAGGAUAAUAAAGCUGUUUGAAGUGAAGCUGGAUCCCAGCAUAGGAGAAGUCAAAGCACUUUUUCGCUCUGUGCUUGUGCCAGACCAGCCAGUCAGUUUUCAUUUUCUGGAUCGGAAAGAUGCAUCCAUUUAAAGUCAGGAUCAACAUCAUCACCAUCUCUGGCUUUUUCUCCAAAACCCAAGAAUAAUGUGUACUGGCAUCAAUGUUUCCAGAUUCCUGAUUCCAGAACUACCUACACUGUCUGAAAUUGUACAACAUUCAAUAUUUACUCAUAUUUUUACAAUAUUAAUAUUUGUACAAUAUUAAUAUUUGUACAAUAUUAAUAUUUACAAUAUUUGCUCUUCAAUUAGCCUCUGCUUGAGUUAUGGGUAUUAAAAUGUAAAGACAAUCAACUGCAGUAGUUUUUUAAUGCAACAUUACAAAUAAAUAGCCAUGUAUACUGUAAUGACUCUUUAUUCAGUAAGAUAAGCUUGUUAUGUAAUUUUAAAUUCUUAGUAAAUUAUCUUUGUGCAUGCACACAUUGCACACACACACACACACACACACACACAGACAAACACACUAGUGUUGUUUUCAGGAUUCUGAUAUGGGUGACAUGGACAGGCGCCCCGGAUGGCAACUUGCCCUGCUAUCGUUUUUCUCCUAUCUUAGCCUUGGGGAUUAUCUACAUAUGGUCGUCUUGUAGACACGCAUCAAUAUAAAAGUCUGCUGUGUCCAAGUUUUUGUAUAGACUAUAGAACCUUGUCUUUAUACAUGCAAUA